AUGCAAUGGCUCACCAUGCUUUAUUUCUAUCACAGAUCACUGAAUAUUAACCCCUUCACUCCAACAAUCCUUUCAUUUUUUGUCUUCAAUUCUUUAUUGCAAAUCGGCGAUGGUCUUUGCUCGAUCCCGUGGACAAGUCAUUGGUGGCACGGAGAAAGACAGAUUUUGAUCUCCGAUAAUCACUGGUCCCAUUUUGGAGAAUGUGUUCAAAAAAACGAUGAUCACUUUUUCUUAUUCAAAAGUAAUAUCUCUCGUCUCACAUGUUUUCGAUGCGUUUUCCCAUCACUUGUCCACGAGAAUGUUCUACAAUAUAAAACAACGAAAUGCAUUUCGGAUCGAGAAAUGUCACUGGAGAAAUGCCGAGAAAAAUUGAGUGGAGAUGCGCCGAUGGAGACCUUGUUUAGAGUUGACGGGAAAGCGGAGAAAUGUCCCCUUUCAACUCCACUCAAUUUCACAUAUCAGAAUGCACAAGGGAUUUGUGCAUCGAGGACAUCCAAUAUUCAAAAAUGUGUGAACGAGAAACGAUUGAAAAUCCAAUACGAGGCUUGUCCUGAACUGCCAAAUACGGAAGCGGCAGGAAUUGAGAUCGAAUGUAUCGGUUGGUGGGAAAGUUUGGGAUGGAAAUUCCUGGCCUCUCGUCUCAUACAAUCAGCCAAAAAGAAAGCUUCUCAUCGAUGCAUUAUUCUUGACGGUGACAACUCAAAAGGUCGUUUGGGAAUCUCGGCUGAUUCGAGCUGUCACGAAUUGACUCAUCUAAGUGCCGCAUCAACACUUAUCUCAUAUCGAAUUGAUACGGAACUUGUCUCGAAUUGUGAUUUCCCGGAACAAUUUGAUAAAAUGGAUUGGAUUGCAGCAAGUACAACACAUAAACAUCAAUUUAGAGGAGGUGAAUGGACAUCAUCUCAUUCAUCGAAAAGACAUUCACAAAGAUUGUGUCUCACCGAAACAGCACAAAGCUCUCGAUCAAUGGAAAUGUUGGGAAAUGACAAUGAGCCGAUCAAUCAAAUCAUUCGUUUCUUUCGUGUUCAUGUCACUGAUGGAUGCACUGUCGGGUAUCAAUGUGUUAAAAUGACUGAAAUCCUUUCAACGGUGAUUCAAAUCGAAUUCGGAAUCGUUUCACCGAAUGAGUUUGAAUCGUGCGGAGAAGAAAUGAUUGUGAUACAAAGAGAGACAAUUGUACACCACAAAGCACAGACAAAUUGUCCAUCUCGUGGUCUUCAUUUUAUUCCAUCUUGUUCAUUUCCCGUUUUCGAAUCAGGUUGCACGAAUCGACAACACUUUCAUCUGCGAAAGACAUGUCAACAAGAAAGUGAAAAGAUCACUUGUUUGGCCACAUGGAUGGAGGGAAAUCAAGUGUUCCUUCUCGCAAAACAAAAUCAUCAUUCAAUACAAUGCUUGUUAUUGACGGGUACUCGUGUCCGCUCAUUUCCCCUCACUCCUUGUCAUUCUCAAUCCAUUCAAUUCACCCAUCCAGCUCUCGAUUUCACCACCACUAAUGCGGAAACUUGUACGACCGGUCUCUUUGCCGGUUUCCUCUCCUCAUCAUUCACCGCCAUUCCUUUCAAAACUUUCACAUUUUUGAUUUUCUUCAUGUUUUUGUUG